AUGGACAACUGGCGUCGCAGUAUCAACGAACCCGCAGCAAAAACCCUCAACGAAAACACCUGGCUGCGAAGCAUCAACGGCACCGAAGACGCGGUCCACCAAUUCCGCAACAUCCAAAACACCUACCACGUUCAACUGGGAGAACUUCCCAACGCCCAAUAUGGGAACGACAUUUGGUUGCUCUGGGACUAUGAUCGCAUCUGGGGCAAGUUUGAUUUCGGCUACACCACGGGCCUGUUUCUAGUUGACUCAGGGCCUAGGUUAUCCGACGAUGGGAUCUAUUUACCGUUUUGCUGGCGUGGGGCUAGGGAAUCGUCGCCGAAUGAUCUUAUAUGGAAUAAGAACUUCACUAAAGGGAGGAUAUGCAUAGAUCCUAAGAUGGGUACGCUGAAGGGGAGCUUUCAGUACAUGAAGGGAAAUGGGGAUGCGGGGGCUGGAACCUGUGAAUUCCAUGCGAAGGCGCGGGCUGGGCCAGCGGUGGUGCCGUUUCGUUUGGAGAAUGUUGUGGAUGAAUGGAAUGCUGCUUCGGAAUAUAUGGGGGCGCUGGAGGGGGUUCGUCAGGAUAUGUCUGUGUUGGAUUUGGAGGGUUAUCUUUGUAGAAAAGAGAGGGAUGGGCGGCGGUUGGGCGUUUAG